CGCUUCGUGUUUUCGGUGUUGUAGAAACCAUGUGAUAUUUCGUUUUAUUUAUUUAUUAAUCGAAAAUCCAUUUUUAUUGAAUAUAUUUGAAUUUACGAAAUGAAAUUAGAUUUUUAAUAUUUAAACAAACGCUUAGAAAUAAAAUGCGGUUUAUACCUAAAUUAACGAGAAAUCAUUAUUGGAUAUAUUUUAAUUACAGUAGAAAUAAGUGUCAUUUCCGAAACUUUCACAGUUUUGCUUCUUUAUUUCCGCCUUUUAUUCCCAUUUACAAUCGUUCUUUGGAGUUCGCAAAUCGUCUUGCUGUCGUUGAUCAUUAUGGACAAUAUAAUUAUGGUGAGAUAUUUAAACAUAGUAAAGCCUUAACUGAAAAGUUGUUAAAUGUUCUUACUAAUCAAAACGAGGUUCAGAAAAGAAUAUCAUUUUUGUGUCAAAAUGAUGUUUCCUAUAUAAUUGCACAAUGGGCUUGCUGGAUGUCUGGACAUGUAGCUGUGCCAUUAAGUAAUGUUGAUCCAACGCCACGGCUACAGUAUUAUAUUGAAAAUUCAGAGACUUCAGUAAUUGUAACGACAGAAGAAUUUGUAGAAAAAUUAAAUCCAAUUUCUGAAGAUUUAUCUUUGCCAAUGUUAUUGAUGACACACCCACGAAAAUCAGGUGAUCAGUUUGAAGAAAUUCCAGAAUUGAAAAACAAUCUGAAUUAUGUUAAAAAAGAAUAUAAAAAAAUAAUGGAUAAAAAUGCAAUGAUUUUGUACACUAGUGGAACUACUGGAUCACCAAAAGGUGUUGUGCUCACUCAUAAAAAUCUACAUUGUUCUAUGAAUACUUUGAUAGAUGCAUGGGAAUGGAAAAAAACAGAUGUGAUAUUGCAUACUUUACCUCUUCAUCAUACACAUGGUAUUGUGAAUGCUUUGAUGUGCCCUUUAUAUGUUGGAGCGUGCUGCGUUAUGCUACCUAAAUUUAAUAAGACAGAGGUUUGGGAUUAUUUGCUUAAUACAUUAAAUAAAAUACCUAGGAUUAAUAUAUUCAUGGCUGUGCCAACAAUUUAUGCAAAAUUAAUUGAAGAGUUUGAUGAGCAGUUUCCCAAAAAUAAAUAUUUUUCCCAUAGUAGAGAGUAUAUAAAAGCUGUUUGUAAAAAGGAUAUAAGGUAAAACAGUAAUAUAUUUAUUGAAUUAAAAUAUAAAGUGAUAACUAUGAAAAUACAAUACAGUAUAGCUCUGAUUAACUGAGGUCCUGUAUUAUCUGAGGCAAAUAUGUAAGUGAAUACAUUACUUUUCUUAACCAAAGGACUGCUGAAAAAAAAUUUAAAAUAAUAAUGUAUUACAAAAUUUGUUUCUGUUAGCUUUUAUCAUUUUCAAU